UUGCAGCAAAUCAAUCAGCCCGCAGCCCACCACAUUCUGUAGGCCUGCGCCACACUGAAUCCCGAGACGUGAAGAACACCAUCUUCUCGAAACAGUAACCGACACGUGUCCGCUUCUCCCAUACUCCAAAACCCUCACCUCCCAAAUCCCAAAUCCAUUAACCCUCACACACACACACACACACUGUCGCAACUUUUCUUUACUUAUUUACUAAUCCAUUUUAGCGUCGUUGAAUUCCUUCGCCUCAAUCCUAUUUAUAACAGUUGCAAAUCCUCUAAUCCGAAAAUGGGAAGUAUUUCCAAAUGAUCGGCUCGGAGCUUGUAGUGAGGAGAUGCUGGAUCUUUUCGUGCUCAGUCAUUUCCGUUCUUUAAUCUGUUUGCGCAAGCGGAAAAAGAAAUUACCCGUUUUUUGAUACUGGAACUGUUAGGGUUUCGAUUUGAGCUGGACCAUUUGCGCAAUCCGUUUUUUAAUCCUUUUUCCGUUUUUAAGUAUACGGCCAGCUGAAUUUGGGGAUUCUGUUACACUUAGAGCUGAAAAUAGGGUUUAUCUUAUUUGGGGAUUUUGUUGGAUAGAAAAAGUUUGUUUGUUGUGUUUAUAGAAAUCCGAAAGUGGCGAAGAUGAGUUUGAGCACCGCAGAGGAUGAUUCAGCGACUGAAAUCCAUCUGCCUGCAGAUAUAGAUUGGGAGAUGCUUGAUAAAUCCAAGUUCUUCUUCCUCGGUGCUGCUCUGUUUUCAGGCGUUUCGGGCACUCUCUACCCGAUUGUGGUGCUGAAAACGCGGCAGCAGGUGAUGCUGAAUGACUGCCCGUGCUUCAAAAUGGCGGCCUCGAUCUUUAGGAACGAGGGGUGGAGGGGUUUCUACCGCGGUUUUGGGACUUCCCUGAUGGGGACCAUACCGGCCCGUGCCCUGUACAUGGGUGCUCUUGAGGUUACCAAGAGCAAUGUAGGCAAUGUUGCUAGUGGCCAGCUAGGGUUAUCCGAGGCCUCUGCCUCGGCCAUAGCGAAUGCAGCUGCUGGGCUGAGCGCUGCCAUGGCUGCUCAGUUGGUUUGGACUCCAAUUGAUGUAGUGAGCCAGAGGCUGAUGGUGCAGGGAGGGGUUGGUGAUGGGGGUUCUUGCACGGUUGGAUUGAAGAGGUAUAAUGGUGGGAUAGACGCGUUUAGGAAGAUUGUGCGCGCUGAUGGGGUGAGGGGUUUGUACAGAGGGUUUGGGAUAUCUAUACUGACUUACGCCCCUUCGAAUGCUGUGUGGUGGGCUUCUUACUCGAUGGCGCAUAGGGGGAUUUGGGGCUGCAUCGGGUGCUACUUCUGCAAGAAGAGUGAGAAUAGCAAUGGUGGGAAUGGUGGGAAUGGUUAUAGGCCGGAUGGGAAGUCUGUGAUGGCGGUUCAGGCAUUGAGUGCUGCGAUGGCUAGUGGGGCGUCUGCGCUGGUGACAAUGCCUCUCGACACUAUUAAGACGAGGCUGCAGGUUUUGGAUGGAGGGGGAGGUGAAGGGGGCGGGCGUGGUAGUGGUAGAACGCCCACGGUUAUGCAGACCGUGAGGAACUUGGUGAAGGAGGGCGGGUUGGGUGCUUGCUAUCGCGGGUUGGGGCCGAGAUGGGCUUCAAUGUCGAUGUCUGCGACGACCAUGAUCACUACCUAUGAGUUUCUCAAGCGGCUCUCUACUAAGAAUCAAGAGAGCUUUGCUUUGUGACUUGAGUUGGAGUUUAGGAGAUGAAGAAUCCAAGGGGUGAAAGAAGUGUUUUUUUAAGUUUAUAUUAUCUGGCCUAUUAUGAUACCAUUGUAAAUCUUGUAAAUAUGUAGAAAUUGCAAGUUUAACUUUUCCCCUCUCAGAUCAUGUUGCUGUCUAAGUUCUUACAUUAUCUUGAGCAGAGAAUCAGCUGCCAAUCAUGAUGAGAUUUGUGUUUUGGGAUGUCAAAAUGAGAUGAUUGUCAAUGGCUUUCUUGA